AAAGGUGAGGUGCGCAGACGCAGCGAGUGACGUGUCUUCUGAGUUCGCUUCCUCCAGUACGCCGCGAGUCGCCGCGCCAGACAGACGUGUCACAACGAAUUUAAAACAAAAUAUUAAUUAAUUGGUGUCGCUAAAUAACUGUGUUUGUUCAUAACAUUUUUGAAAAUAUUGUUUCUUAUUACCGAACGUUUUCUGUAAACCAGUGAUAGUGUUAACAAAGAUUUUUAAACGGAUCUUUGUAGUGUUUUUCGAUAAUUUCUAUUUCAUAUCGGGGAUUACUAUUCUGGAUUUUAAAGAUCUGGUGUCUCAAACAUUGUGAUUUAUUUGUUCAAGGAUAAGGCGUGGAUAAUUAACUGAAAGUGCUUUUCCCAACAAUGACAUAAGCCCACAAGAUGGCGCUCCGGUUGAAAAAGGACAUUAAGAAGGCAUCGUACUACGUGUGGUUCCUGGGUGCGCAGGAGUCGCGCGGUCUGCGGGGGGAGGAGUUCGCUCUACCGGCGAUACGGAUACUGGAGGAGAGGGCGCGGGAUUUGGAGCCUUUUAAGGUCACGUUACAGGUAUCCCACAAAGGCCUGAAGAUCGUCCAGAAUGUGACAGCUAAAGGCAAACAGCAGACCAUCAAGCACUUCAUCCCUCACGGCAGCAUCACCAGCGCGGUGGUGCAGGGCGACGUGGUGGCCUGCGUGCUGCUUCUGUACAACCCACUCACUGGCUGCCCUGUGCAUGUACACGCUUACAGAUGUGACUCAGACCACACGGCCGAAAUGCUCUUCACUCAUCUCCAAGCUCUAAUCGAAAGACCAGAAAACCAGAAGAAGUUCGCUGACAUCGAGCGAAAACUGCAAAUGAGAGGCGCUCUGCCUUCCUCGAAGAAACCUCCAGAUUCCUCCCUAGGGAGUGAAGUGUCCAGGGAGUCCGACUCCGGGAGUAACGAGGAGCGAUGUGUAGCCAAUCUGUAUGAUAGUCUGGCUGCUGAACUGAAGCAAAAGUUAUCGACAGGUAAACGGGGUAUAGGCAAGAGCCCCAUCCUACUGCCUCCCCGGGAUUACGACACGGUUCACCGACAGAAAGGGAACCUCUCCAACAUUGACACGAGGAGGUGCCUCAACCAGAACAUCGUGGGGGUCAACGCGAGACGCAAGCUGGAGUCCUCUGGCGGGAGCUCUGGGAUCGGCAGCGAUCUGGCGCCGUCACCAGAGAGGAAUGAAUACAGGCAGCAUGAUAACCACAGUACUAGUGAGGAGGACUGGGCAGAGAGCACGGCGUACAUGAUGCACGAAGCCUUCGACGCAUCGCCGCCGCGCCGCGCCCCCUCCCCCCGCCGCGCCGCAUCUCCCCGCCGCGCCGCCUCCCCCCGCCGCGCGCUCUCCCCCCGCAACUACGAGCGCGGCUACCCCGACGACUACAACGACCAGUUCCGAGACCAGCUCGCCCCCUUCCGCGACCAGACCUUCGAGCGCCGGUUCCGCCACGAGUCGCUCGAGCGCGUCAGCAAAGACAAACCAGACAAGUUCCAAGAUGACACCGUCAACUACAGGAGACGAUAUGUCGCGGAAACUAAACCGUCCAACAGAAGCAUCGACAGGGUCGAAGAUCGAAGGUUCGGAAAACUACAAAGGGGAGCCAGCGAAGGUAGUCUUAAACUUGCUGAAGCCUCCCCCAAAGACAGGUUCGUUGUAGCUAAGGAGAAGUUCAUGAACCUAGAGCGGGAGAGGUUCAACAGAGAGCUAGAAGCGCACAUGGCCAUGAGAAGGAGCAUGCUGGAACGGAACAGUCGCUCGACUUCUUCCCCCGAGGAAGAAAGGAGGGACGAGCGUCAGGACCGACACAGAGACAGCUCCCGGAGAGAGCCGGAGCGCUCUCAUCGCGACGUGGAGCGCCACCGGGAGCCCGAGCGGCGCAAGGAGGACAGGGUGCGCGAGCUGGAGCCGCGCGACCUGCCGCACCGCGAGAUGGAGCGACUGCCGCGCAUCGGGCGCAAGCGGGACGACAACAAGCGCUACGAGUACGGCGCAGAAGAGUACCUCAACAGGAUCGAGCCGAAACCGCACAGAGAUGAAUUCGACAGCUUCGAGAGGAGGCCGAGGAGGGAGCUGGACCGGCGCAUCGAGGAGGACGAGAUCAUAGAGCCCGUCAUCGAGGACAGGAGGAGGGACUGGAACGACAGGCAGCGAGCCUUCAGCCGCUCGCGCCUGCUGGAUGACCAGCGCCAGUCGUUCGCGGAGGGCGACCGGGAGCGGUACUACGAGCGCGACUACCGGGACUACCGCGACCUGGCCGAGCGCCAGCAGACCAAGUUCCGCCACAGCUACGCGGAGCCCAUCCCCAGAGGCCGCCUCGGUACAGUCAGACCUUACUGAAUGCCAUAAUAGAUUCAUAGAUGAUAACUUUGGAAUAUUGAAACUGUAGAACCAAAAACCACAGGACGAGAGCAGAGGUGGACGAUGAGGAAGACAGAAGGAAUUCGUUGUCAAUACCUGAUUUAAUCGUUAAAAUAUAUUGUAUUAUUGGACACAAAUAAUGUAGUUGACAUAUUAAAUAAAUACAGGUAGUUGCGCGGUGGGGUGGGUAUGUAUACCGCUACCUACCGCCUCGCGCAAAUCACACCUGUAAGAUGUCAGUAAUUAGAAUACGUUAAUUAUAAAAUACUUAUCUGUUAGAGAUGUAUUUAUAAAUACUCAUAAGUGCAGUUUAUGUCACAGAUUAAUAAGCGCUUGGAAUAUAAAUGGGCACUUACUUUGGAAUGUCAAAAUGUUGUCAAAUUAUAGUCAGAAAGAAACACGAAGAUCAAUUAAAAGAAAAAUUAAAGAAUUAAACAAAACCAAGUAAGUCCUCAUUUGUGUUUCAAGGGCGUUAACACUAUUUGUAAAUAUAAUUCAAGUACCUUUUGUUAUAUUAUAGAAAGUAUACAAUUUGAAACAUUGUUAUAAUUAUAAAGAUAUUGUUAUUAAAAUGUUAUUUUUUAAAGAAUCAAUAAAAUUAUGUUUUCGGAACACAAAAGAAGACAACCUGUAUCCAUUUGUUAAAAUUUCUAAAUUUAUUUUGUAUGUUUUGGUCAAUUAAAUAUUUCAAUUUAGA